AUGAAAUCACCGAAUGAUAAUGAUAAGGCGGGAUCCCGUUCGGAGUCACCAGGAGAUGAGAAGCGUGUGAAGAUUACUGUGAGCAGUGUGAUGCAAGGUGUCAAGGAGAUAAUCAUCGAAGCGAAAGAAAAAGAGACGAUCCAGGAGCUCAAAUACCAAAUCGAGACCCAAACCGACGUAAUGGCAAAUCGUCAAAUACUUCUUUUCAAAGGAAAAGAGUUGAAAGACUCAAAUAAAACAAUAGCUGAUUACGGUAUCACUGGAGAUGCAACAAUUACGAUGAAUGUGAAAAUGAGUACUGGUGUUUUUACAAAUCCCACCACUACCGAAAUGAUUCUAAUGAUGCCUCCGAUUUUUCCUAGCAAUCAAGACCAACUUCGUAAGCAGAUCAAAGGCAUGAAUACAGUACAUCGUAAGCCGAAGAAGUUGAGCGGUACGGAUGCGACGGCCAACAUUUGGACUCCGGAAAAGCAAAUGGAGCACGAGUUGACGAGGAACAGAAUGAAGACAUUGCUGCGUCGCAAGAAGCACGCACCGAUUUUGUCUAGCACGCCAGUGGAGUCAGAAGCUGGAUCUGUGCAAUCAUUCUCCCCUGUUGCCACGCCACCUUCUGAACUGUCAUGUGUCUCCGGCUCAAACUCAAGCAUCUCCAGUGUCACGUCCGUUCCAGAAGCUGGAGAUGAGAAUAAUGUCACUGAGAAAGAGCUUAAGCUAUUCUUCGAUCCGCCUGAAACCAUUGAAGAAUACAAACGAGCUCGCCGCUCAAUGUACCUUCCGCCGAGCUCCGAGGCAGAACUUUUGGGAUAUGUGAAGAGAUUUGAGGAGGAGAGAAAGACAAAGUGUAAUACGUGCUUCAAGAAGCUCACGCCCACCCAACAAACGAUGCGUUGCAAGUGUGAUCGUAUCUUCUGCGACCGCCACCGUAAUCCAAAAAGUCACACUUGUGUCAUUGACUACAAACAGGAUGGACGUAUCAAGUUGAAGAAGAAUAACUCGAAAGUUGGCGAUGGUGGAUGUCGUAAAGCGAAGUUUGAAGAAGAAGAGAAGAAGGUUUUGUGA